UGUUAAAAUAUUUGAAAUAACAUAACCUUAAAAUGCUUCUAAAUAGGAAUUUUAAAAUUUUUCAUUCAAACUAUCGAAAAUUAAACUCAAAAUGGACCUGUGUAAUAUGCAUAAGAACAAAAAGUUCCGUAAAACCGAACACAAAGACUUAUUCCAAUACAAUAUUAUUUCCUAAAACAGAUUUUCCGGCAAGAUCCUUUGUAGAUAAAGAUGAAAUACAAAAGAAAGCGAAGUUCUCUCAACUUUACAACUGGCAAAGGGAACAUCUGAAUGGACCAGAAUUUGUCUUGCACGAUGGUCCACCAUAUGCUAAUGGAGACUUACACAUGGGCCAUGCUGUUAACAAAAUAAUAAAAGACAUAAACAAUAGAAGUCAAAUCCUCCAAGGAAACAAGGUUCACUAUAUUCCUGGCUGGGAUUGCCACGGCCUACCCAUAGAGUUUAAGGCGUUAAAAACGAAAAAGACACAGGAUAAUGAACCUUCUGAUCCUGUACAGAUAAGACAAAUCGCCAGAAAAUUUGCUUUGGGAACAGUGGAACGACAAAAAGCAGCAUUUGAAAGUUGGGGUGUUAUGGCAGAUUGGGAUGAGCAAUGCUACUUGACUCUUAAUAAAAGUUAUGUACAGAACCAACUGAGACAGUUCUACAAAAUGUAUAAAUCUGGUUUGAUUUACAGAGCUCUAAAACCAGUUUAUUGGUCACCUUCUUCCAAAACAGCUUUAGCUGAAGCUGAGUUGGAAUAUGAUCCACAGUUCAAAAGCAAAGAGGUUUAUAUCAAAUUUGGAUUAGAUAAGCUGCCAGAAGCAGCAAAAAGUAUUGCGGGUGGGAAGCCUAUAUCAGCAUUAGUCUGGACCACCACACCUUGGACUCUCGUAGCGAACAAGGCAAUUGCCUAUAAUCCGAACAUGAUGUACUGUAUAGUUACCCUAUCCACAAGACCGGAACACUUCCUGGUAGCCAAAGAUCAGAUAGAAGAAUUGAAGAUGGUUUUACGGAGUGAGAUUGAAGUAUUGGUUGAGUUUGAAGGUAAAAAUCUUCAAGACUGUACAUACAGAAGCGAAUUAACUAAUGAAAUAUUACCGUUCCUGGAAGCGGGUCACGUGACGAAAGGUAAAGGUACUGGUUUAGUCCAUACUGCGCCUGCGCACGGACCUGACGACUUUCUGGUAGCUUUGAAGAAUAAUAUGACUGUGGAAUGUAACGUUGACGAGUUGGGUCGUUACACGAACCUUGGACCUGAUUUCGAUGGUCUCCACGUACUGUCCCAAGGUCAGGACGCAGUAAUAGAGAAACUCCAAGACUCCAUAAUCCAUCAAGGCACGUAUAUCCACUCGUACCCCUUGGAUUGGAGGACAAAGAAGCCUGUCAUCAUCAGGGCGAGUCACCAGUGGUUUAUUGACACAUCCGUAUUGAAGGAACGCGCUUUGGCAGCCUUGGAUAAGGUGUCAAUCUUACCACCGUCGACCGCAGAACAGUCCCGACAAGGUUUCAGGGCUCAGCUAGAGAAGCGGCCAUAUUGGUGUAUAUCUAGGCAAAGGGCCUGGGGAGUGCCCAUACCCGUGCUCUACAGAGGCAGCGAUGUCAUAGUCGAUGAAGCUAUUAUAGAACAAUUAUGUGCACUUAUAAACGAAAAUGACGCUGAUGUCUGGUGGACUUGUAAUGUAAAGGAACUACUCACGGAGAGUGUUAUCAAGAAAUAUGAUUUGGACAGUCAAGUUGUCGUUAAAGGGAAGGAUAUAAUGGACAUCUGGCUAGACUCAGGACUUUCGUGGCAGACCCUGGGGGACAGGAAGGCUAGUCUGUAUUCGGAGGGCGUAGACCAACUGACAGGUUGGUUCCAAGCUUCGCUCCUGACGUCACUGGCCUUGACGGGAGAUGCGCCGUAUGAGUCGAUCUUCGUACACGGUUUCGUGGUUGAUGAGAAGAAACGCAAGAUGUCAAAGUCGAUAGGUAACGUCAUAGAUCCCAAGACCAUAAUACAGGGUGAUAAGAAACAUCCAGCGUACGGUGUUGAUACGUUGAGAUGGUGGGUAGCCAGCCACGCCACCCAACAUUCUCAAAUCGUAAUAAGCAAGAAACUUCUAGAAGAAUGUCAGAACGAAGUCAUCAGAGUUCGUAGCAUACUCAAAUAUCUCUUAGGUGUCACAAGUGAUAUGGAAGAAAUGGAUUUCAAUAAUAAACCGAACUUAAACUAUUUCGAUCAAUAUAUGAUCAAAGAAUGUCAAGAAUUUGUUAACCAAAUAAAUAAUCAUUAUAAUAAUUUUAGAUACAAUCAUGUAGCUCAAAAUAUAUUAUAUUUCAUAAGCAAUAAAAUUUCUGGAUUAUAUUGUCACUGUAUAAAAGACAGAUUGUAUUGCUCUCCAAAGAGUUCUAACGAGCGACGAUCAGCGCAAUUUGUCAUUCAUACGAUUUUGGUCUCUCUGUCGAAAGCUUUAGGUCCCAUUUUACCUCAUUUGGUCGAAGAGGCAUGGCAGUACCAUCCCUUGUAUGAUAAACCGUUUUAUUUUACCAAAGAGUUCUCAGUUUCAACGUCAUGCGACAUUGACAGUUCAUUAAUGGACACCAUUUUGGAUAUAAAAAAGGACGUAUGUGCCAUGUUAAAGAAUGAAAAUUUAAAGAAAUAUGUCGUCGAUUUAAAAGUCAAUUCGGAAUUGUAUGGAAAAUUGAUAGAACUGAAUGUAUCGGAUGGUAUAAAUGACAGUGUUCUUUGUGAAAUUUUAGAACUGUCAGCUGUCAAUUUGAUUGGUAAUGGCGGGAAAAAGUGGCAGAUCGAAUUGGUGCAGAGUAAAAAUCAACAGUGCUUGCGGUGUAGAAAGUAUAAUGCCGUGGAUGAUAGCGAUAAAUGUUUGAGAUGUGAAAAGGCUUUGGCCUUAUUAUAAAAUGUAAUUUAUUUUUAAGUAAGC